AUGAGUAGCGGUUUAUAUGCUGGAGAGGAUGUUGGUGCAUUGGUUUUUGAUAGCGGAUCAUAUUCUUUUAGAGCUGGAUAUGCAGGAGAAGAAUGUCCAUCUAUCGAUAUUCCUGCAUCAGUAGGAGUGAGGAAUAAAAUUGAAGAAACACCCGAUGGUACUAGAGAAACAAGAGAAACAUUUAUUGGAGAUAUAGAUUUAUAUAUUCCAAGAAGUAAUACUGAAAUAAAAGGAUAUAUGAAGGAUGGUAUGAUAGAAGAAUGGGAUUUAUUUGAACAAGUUAUGGAUUAUAUUUAUAAUAAAUGUUUUAGAGUAGAACCAUCGUUACAUGGAGUCUUAUUCUCUGAGGCUCCAUGGACGACAAAAGAUAAGCGUGAAAAAUUGACGGAGCUUAUGUUUGAAAAAUAUAAUGUUCCAGCAUUUUAUACUGUUAAAUCACCUGUACUAACAUGUUUUGCCCAUGGAAAGGCUUCUGGAUUAGUUGUUGAUAGUGGUGCAAGUCAAACUUAUGCUUCAUCAGUUCAUGAUGGUUAUUGUUUAAUUAAUUCUGUUGUAAAAUCAAAUUUGGGUGGUGAUACAAUAGUUGAUCAAAUGAAGAAAUAUCUAGAUAGGUGUAAUGUUGAUAUAAUUCCAUCAUACAGAAUUGCAUCAAAAGAAGAGUAUAAAGAGGGAGAAAAACCAUUGUAUAAAUUAAAGGAUAUUGUGGAGGUUACAGAAAGUUUUGAAACAUAUCAUAAAAAGAAAAUUAUUGAAGAUGUAGUUGCUGCUACAUUACAAUUAGUAGAUAAUAUAGAAACAGAAGAUUUGGAAAGUACAGUUCCUGGUGAAUAUGACUUUUCAACAGGAUUACAUAAAGAAAUUAAACGUGAUCGGGUAACUAUUCCUGAAUCAUUGUUUAACAUUAAAUACCUUGAUGUAGAAGAAAAAAUUAAAGAAACAAUAAUGGAUAUUCCUACAGCUGUUGUUGCAUGUUGCUCAAAUUCUGAUGUUGAUUUAAGAAAUACUCUCUAUUCGAAUGUUAUUGUUACUGGUGGAAACUCUCUGAUUGAUGGAUUUAGUGAGCGUUUAAAUCAUGGGAUUGCCGUAAAAUGCCCCCCAACUGUUAAAAUUCGUUUUAACUCAGGUACAACACCUAUGGAAAAACGUUUUGGAGCAUGGAUAGGAGGAUCUAUUGUCGCUUCUCUUGGAACAUUUCAACAACUUUGGAUUUCAAAAGCUGAAUAUGAGGAAAGUGGGAAAGUAAUUGUAAACAAAAAGUGUUCAUGA